AUGACCAAUACAUUACGUAACCGUUACGUGUAAGUUGGGAAUGUGUAGUAACCAUGUUUUUUGACAGACCGAUUGGCAAACCAUGGUUAAUUUGUGUUUAAUAUAAAACCAUGGGUAUUUUUCGUAAAGGGGCUUUUGACUUGUUUCAAUUAGAUAAAAGAAACCAUGGAUUCAAACACAACAUUAAAUGUAUAAAUUGAGAGACCGUGAUCAGAAGUCACUGCGCUGCGGUUUCUCUCUCCAGUCCAGCAGGAGUCGCUCUGCAGCUCUUCAGUCCGCCGAUAAACCCACUAAAGAAAGAAAGAAAGUCAAACAUCAAGCGCUGCGUGUUCACAUCACUCUGAUUUUCUCUCUUGAGUGUUUUAAACAGAGUGUUGUGUGUGUGUGUUUGUGUUGAGGAUGACGUCACAGAUGUGCUGUAAAUCAGUGGGAACUGAUCUGUCCAUGCUGGAUAUUGAUGAUUUCAUCACAGAAAUCUGUCAGCUGAAGAAAGAGGUGGCGUUACUGGAGGAAAAGCUGAGGACAAGAGGAGAUGAACUCAACACUGAGAAGUCCAGACACACACAGGACUCGGAGCUCAGCCUCACUUUACUCUGUUAUACUGACACAAACCCCACAGACGCUCAGGACACUGUGUGUGACAGUAAUCACACCUUGAAUCAGGAUGAAUCUACUGAUCAAACCUCCACAGAGUCUCUGGAUUCUGUCUGUAACGCUGGAGAACAGCAGAUCCUGAACACCAGACCACUCAACAUGUGUUCUGUCACACUGAUGGACUGCAGGAAACUCAUGGAGAUGAAAAAACAAAACACAGUGAAGGAAGAACAGACUGAUGAAGACGAUGAUUUGUUUUCUUCAGUGAAACUGAUGAACAGUGGGAACAUGAUGGCGAUAAAAACAAAACCCACGUCAGAGGAAGAACAGACUGAUGAAGACGAGAAACAUGAUGAUGAUUUUGUGCCUUCAGAUGAGAGCAGUGAUUCAUGUUGUGAUGGAGAAACGGCCUCUACAUCAAAACACACAGAACAGAAACUCUUCACCUGCACCAGAUGUGACAUCAGCUUUCCUACCUUACAAGAGAAGAAACUUCAUUCACAAGAGCACAGAGACCAGAAACACUUUCACUGUCAGCAGUGUGGGAGAGCUUGUGUCUCGUCUUCUAGUCUGAACGCUCACAUGAGGACACACACUGGAGAAAAACCUUUCCACUGCAGUCAAUGUGACAAAUAUUUCAGCACCAAAGGAAGUCUUAUUGCUCAUCAGAGAAUUCACACGGGAGGAAAACCGUACGAGUGUCCUCACUGUGACAAGAGAUUCAGUCUAAAGGCCUAUCUGAAGAAACAUGUGUAUCUACACACCGAUGAGAGACCGUAUCAGUGCAGUGAAUGUGGAAAAGGCUUCAGGGAUUCAGUUUGUCUUAAGUCACACCAAAAAAUACACUCUGAGGAGAAACUCUAUCAGUGUUCACACUGUGAUAAACGCUUCCAUCAGAAAGCUAAUCUGAUACGUCAUGAGAGAACUCACACUGGAGAGAAACCUCAUCACUGCAGUGUUUGUGGGAAGAGUUUCAGUCAACGUCAGCAUUUAGUGACACACCAGAUAUCUCACUCUGAGGAGAAACUCUAUCAGUGUUCACACUGUGAUAAACGCUUCCGUCAUAAAUCUUCUCUAACAUGUCAUGAGAGAGUUCACACUGGAGAGAAACCUUACGUCUGCUCUCAGUGUGGAAAGAGCUUUUAUGAUCAUAGUGCUUUUAAACAUCAUCAGAGAAUUCACACUGGAGAGAAACCUCAUCACUGCAGUGUUUGUGGGAAGAGAUUCAGUCGACGUUUCUAUUUAGUGAAUCACCAGAGAACUCACACUGGAGAAAGACCUUACAAGUGUUCUCAGUGUGACAAGACGUUUGCUCAAAGAUUUCUCCUGAAACUCCAUGAGAGAGUUCACACUGGAGAGAAACCUCAUCACUGCAGUGUUUGUGGGAAGAGAUUCAGUCGUCCUCACCAUUUAGUGAGACACAAGAGAACUCACACAGGAGAAAGACCUUACAAACAGGGAUGCACCGAUACCAGUUUUUCUCUGCCGAUCCGAUUCCGAUAUUUGAUAGUCAUGACGUCACAGGCGGAUGGCACGUGCUCCAGACACACACAGGACUCGGAGCUCAGCCUCACUUUACUCUGUUAUACUGACACAAACCCCACAGACGCUCAGGACACUGUGUGUGACAGUAAUCACACCUUGAAUCAGGAUGAAUCUACUGAUCAAACCUCCACAGAGUCUCUGGAUUCUGUCUGUAACGCUGGAGAACAGCAGAUCCUGAACACCAGACCACUCAACAUGUGUUCUGUCACACUGAUGGACUGCAGGAAACUCAUGGAGAUGGAAACACAGACCACAGUGAAGGAAGAACAGACUGAUGAAGAUGAGAAUCAUGAUGAUGAUGAUGGUGGUGAUGAUUUUAUUCCCUCAGAUGAGAGCAGUGAUUCAUCUUCUGAUGGAGAAUCGGCCUCUACAUCAGAGGAGGAGGAGGACACCGAAAAAAAACUGUACAAGUGUCCUCACUGUGUGAAGAGAUUUAAUACUUCUUACAGUCUGAAGCAACACAUGCGUGUCCACACCGAUGAGAGACCAUAUCUGUGCAGUGAAUGUGGAAAAACCUUUAAGCGGACAGGUUCUUUACAGAAACACCAAACAUCACACUCUGAAGAGAAACUCUAUCAGUGUUCACACUGUGAUAAACGCUUCCGUCAGAAAGAUAGUCUGACUCUCCAUGAGAGAGUUCACACGGGAGAGAAACCUUACCUCUGCUCUCACUGUGGGAAGAGAUUUUCUCAUCCAUCUGAUUUCAGAGUUCAUCAGAGAAUUCACACUGGAGAGAAACCUCAUCACUGCAGUGUUUGUGGGAAGAGUUUUUCAACAAAGUGUAAAUUAAGAUAUCAUCAGACAAUUCACAGUGGAGUAAAGCCUCAUCCCUGCAAUGUUUGUGGGAAGAGUUUCAGUCGAACUGAUAAUUUAAGGACACACAAGAGACUUCACACUGGAGAAAGACCUUACAAAUGCUGUCAGUGUGACAAGGCGUUUACUCAAAAUGUUCUCCUGAGAAUCCAUCAGAGAGUUCACACCGGAGAGAAAUCAACACGUCUAUCUGCAAAGAAAGAUUCACCUGCUUUGAGUGUUUUAAACAGAGUGUUGUGUGUGUGUGUUUGUGUUGAGAUGUUGAGGAUGACGUCACAGACGUGCUGUAAAUCAGUGGGAACUGAUCUGUCCAUGCUGGAUAUUGAUGAUUUCAUCACAGAAAUCUGUCAGCUGAAGAAAGAGGUGGCGUUACUGGAGGAAAAGCUGAGGACAAGAGGAGAUGAACUCAACACUGAGGUUUUGUCGGCUCAAUCUUCAGUGUGUGUGAGUGACGGGAGCUCCACAGAACGUCUGGAUUCAGUGUGGAGCAGCAGAGAUCAGAGCACACCACAGCCACUGCUGGACAAACUCUCUGAACAGAAGUCCAGACACACACAGGACUCGGAGCUCAGCCUCACUUUACUCUGUUAUACUGACACAAACCCCACAGACGCUCAGGACACUGUGUGUGACAGUAAUCACACCUUGAAUCAGGAUGAAUCUACUGAUCAAACCUCCACAGAGUCUCUGGAUUCUGUCUGUAACGCUGGAGAACAGCAGAUCCUGAACACCAGACCACUCAACAUGUGUUCUGUCACACUGAUGGACUGCAGGAAACUCAUGGAGAUGGAAACACAAACACCAGCAGAAGAAGAAGAACAUCACACUGAUGAAGAUGAGAAUCAUGAUGAUGAUGAUGAUUUCAUUCCUUCAGUUUCAGAUGAGAGCGGUGAUUCAUGUUGUGAUGGAGAAACGGCCUCUACAUCAAAACAGCGACUGACAGCACAAACUCUUUCCUGCAUCACCUGUGGAAAGACAUUCAGUUCACAGAGACGUUUAGAGACACAUGAGAGAAAACACACAGAACAGAAACUCUUCACCUGCACCAGAUGUGACAUCAGCUUUCCUACCUUACAAGAGAAGAAACUUCACUCACAAGAGCACAGAGACAAGAAACUCUAUGAGAAGAAACCGUUUCACUGUGAGAAGUGUGGGAAGAAUCUUUUUACAACUUCAUCUAAUAUGAAAGUUCACAUGAGGACACACACUGGAGAAAAACCUUUCCACUGCAGUCAAUGUGGAAAAUAUUUCAGAACCAAAGGAAAUCUUGUUGCUCAUCAGAGAAUUCACACGGGAGAAAAACCGUACGAGUGUCCUCACUGUGACAAGAGAUUCAGCUACAAACCUCAUGUUAAGAAACACAUGCGUGUCCACACAGACGAGAGACCGUAUCAGUGCAGUGAAUGUGGAAAAACCUUUAGGCAUUUAGAUGGUUUGAAGUCACAUCAAACAAUACACUCUGAGGAGAAACUCCAUCAGUGUUCACACUGUGAUAAACGUUACCGUCAUAAAUCUCAUCUGGUAACUCAUGAGAGAAUUCACACUGGAGAGAAACCUUAUGUCUGCUCUCACUGUGGAAAGAGCUUUACUGAUUCAUCUCAUUUAAGAGUUCAUCUGAAAAUUCACACUGGAGAGAAACCUCAUCACUGCAGUGUUUGUGGGAAGAGUUUCACUCAACAUGGUAACUUACUAAAGCACCAGAGAAUUCAUUCAGGUGAAAGGCCCUACAAAUGUUCUCAGUGUGACAAGACGUUUGCUUAUUCAGAAGUCCUGAAAACCCAUGAGAGAGUUCACACUGGAGAGAAACCUUAUCACUGCUCCAUCUGUGGAGAGAGAUUCACUUAUUUAGGAAGUUUAAACACUCAUCAGAAGAAACAUGCUGAAGGACAAACUGCACUGGAAUCAUCAUAGCGUCUUACUAUUCUUGUGUGUAGCAUCUAUAAACUUGGCAUGAAUUUGCUUCAACUCACACAUUUCUCUUCUCUUUGUAUUUCUGUAGAUAUUCAGUUUCUGCUGUCUGUGAAACUUCAGGAACAAUCAGUUUAAAUCAGUCAGUGUGGGUCUUUAACCUAUAGGUCUUUAUUUUUGUCACGUAUUAAUGGAAAUGAACCUGUGUUUGUGUUAUGUUGUGUCUAAUUAUGGAUUUAUAUGACAUGUUUUAAUGACUUUUUCUUAUCUUUUUUUAAUAAUUGAGUAUCACCCUCAAGUAUUACAGAUAAAAGAAAUGUCAGGUUCAUUCAUGCACAUUUCUUGUGAAAAUCAUACACUGUAAAACAAUGUGAAGGUUAGUAGUAUUUGAAAUAAAUGAUUGAAGACCUUCCACUCGCUG